UCCGUAGGUGUAGAAAGCGAGCGACGAGUCGAAGGAAAAAAACAGGUUCGCUGUCCCGUAGGACGGCUGGCGUGAUGCCCGGUUUCGAGGGUCAGACGGGUCAGAAUCAGCAGUUACAGGUCAAUCAGCAAACUGUUACGUCUGCCAAGCAAACGUCUUCCAGUUCCUCGUCGUCAGCGUCUGGUAGGAGUGAGGAUGCACAGAAUUAUGGAAGUAUCGGGGGAAGUGAUCAUCAGGGACAGUCACAGCAGGAUGAUGACAGUGGACCGGAAGAGGGGCCCGUUUACAUUCUCACGUCGGCCAAGGGCGACAGGAGUUACAAACUACGCGAUUCUCGGAUCAUCGAAAUUGCUGGUGGAAGGGAAGUAUUUUCCCAGAGUAGAGGUAAAGUUGCUGCUAGGAAGCCUCGUUUUUUGACCUCAUCAAAGUCCGUGCCUAAUGAUGAUUCGCAGACAGAUAAUAAGUUGACUGUCAAGAAGAAUAGUAAAUCACCCAACAGGCAGAGUGUUUGGGAACUUAGAAGCAGGUGUGGCGAGGCACGAAGACAACGUUCAAAUCGUGAAGUAACAGAGACAGUAUUCUCAUCCGAAGUGCAUUCAGUACGACGUAACGCAACAAAAUCCAUUCUCGAUUAUGAUUCACCAAAGGCUGCGCGAAGCAAUCGUAUUAUAAACUAUGACUCGGUUCUAAAUAGUAAUAAUGUAGAGUACACUGUGCCGAAAAGUAUUACCGAUUUGGAUUAUGGCUUGCCCAAGAAUUGUGUAGAUUAUCAGUCGAAUCAUACGACACCAGCCAGAAGUAUGGCCAUUGUCAGUGACGGUGAGGUCGUUGUAUUCGACGAUAUCGACGACAAUUGGCAGGGCUUGAGACUGGAUUUGGGAACGACAAAUACCCAGCAGGUUAACAAUACCUGCUUGAAUUCGGAGCAAGAUGAUGGUCGGAGGAUUCCGUCGGAGCCCUUGGAAUCCAGUGUUGGGAGCACUCCAAGUCCCACAUCAACUUAUCCUAGAAAUACUUCAGACUUUUUUAAGGUAAUAACACCAGCAAGUGACUGUGAAGCAAAUUCACCAUCACCAGAGCGUAAUCACAAAGUUGCAAGAGUAAUUGGUGAAUUACCGAUAGCCCAGUAUUCCGGUAGUCCGCGUCGUUAUGGUGUACGUGAAAAUUCACGAUUACCGAGUUUAUUAUCAUCUCCAUCAAUGUACAUGACACCUAGGCCAGGCUUUCCCCAGAGAAUAUUACCAACAACGCCAAAUCAGAAGGACAAGGAGACUGAUUAUCUUUCAAAUUCGAAAGAGGACACGACUGAAAUAUUAGUUGAAACUUCGAGUCCCCCGAAUGAGAUAAGUAGUACUCUAGUGGUAUCGCCAACGGUAGAAGAGACACCACAACCUGAGCCACAAUCGCAGACACCAGAGCCAGAAGAGGAGGAGGAGGAGGAGGAGGACUUCCUCAAGCCAUCAUUUCUCAGCUCUGACAAUCUAUCCAGUCUCGUAACACCUGGUGGCAGUACAUUCGAUUAUCUCUACGAAUUUUCGGAGACACGUAAAGUCCUGGAGGAAUUCUUCAAGUGCCCACCACCCAACGAGGAGAAGGAAAACAAUGGAGAGACAUUCCCCUUCCAGGAUCUGGACUAUGAACUUCGACGACAGGGGGGAAGUUCUUAUGUUGGACAACGUCUAGCCAGUGGAUUACCGAGUACUGAGGAGGUUAUGGUGCAUGAAUCACCCAAGAAGCAGCGAUCUGAUUAUCCACAAUCUACAACAGAGCACGAGAACAAUUUUUUAGACCUCUCAGUGGGUACAGGUAGCAGUGGAGACCUCGGUGAAACUGAAGUUGGCCUUCAAGUUGGCCAUUCACGCAAUUUUACCCUAAGCCCAGAGACAACAGACUGCGACAGCAAUUGUGGGGAUUUAGACAGUGAAAUGUCCCUCAUGAUGAUGGAUAAUGAAUUAUUACCAGCGAGUGGUCUGCUGGGCUCUGUUGGUGAUCUCGGUAACAACUCGGAUUCAUUAAGAAUAUAUACCAGUAUGCCAGUACUCGAGGAUGGCCUGUCGAGUGGACAUGCCAGUGAUACUGAUAAUAAUAAUCCCACUGUUAUGCUUAUGAAGAGACAGAUCAAUGAAAUUGAGAAGGAAAUUAUUCAGAGAACGAGAAAUGAUAUUAUGGGGGGUGAUAUGGAGACUGGAAAGGACAGUAGUCUCAAUGUUACGAAAGAUAUACUUCAGACACUUAAAGCAACGUCACCAGAUUUAUUUAUAGCACAGAAAGAAAAUUCUUACGAGACGAAUGAACUCCAUCUUGACGGUCUGGAUCCAUUAGGGACACCACCACCACCGGCACCACAGGGCAGGCAGACAAUGAACCUUGAAAUUGGGGGCGAAGUGGAGGCUGCCAUCAAGGAUAUUAGAAUGGCUCUGCAAAAGACCAAGACAUUACCGGUUAAAUCACCCUCGGAGGAACCACCUGAGCCCAAUGUCUCGCCUAUCUGGAUUCCAAGUAUGUUGGAUGGCAGGCGGAGGAUGUGCACAGAGAGUAAUAGUGAGGACUCUGAGGCUCGAAGAGGUGAGGAUGAGAAUGAGGUUGAGGUGGAGGAGGUUGUCGAUGAGGAAGAGGCCGAUACUGAUCUCGAGACUGAUAGACUCCUGGGGCAACAGAGAACUGAUGAUCAGGGAUUUUACGAUGACAAGGGGUGGCGGAAGCCUAAAACUAGGACAAUGCUACCAUCAAUGAGUACGAAAGUCGUAACACCAAAGCAAACCCCACCAAAAACCUUGAGUGUAGCUCCAUUAGAGGCUUUAACUCCACCUGAACCCCUACCCUCAACCUCAUCCUCAAUGUCUCCACCACCUAUUGUAACGGUUAUUCAAUCGCCCUCGAAUGAGCGUGACACAACAUCACCCACGAAAAUAACGACGAGUCCCCAGAAGACCCCGGUUAAAAAUUCUCCCUCGCCCACCCAGAGCCUCAAGGAGUCCAGCGGAAAGGUGAAAAAGGACAAAGAUGGGAAGAAAAAGAGUAGGAACAAAGAAGGACUCCUGGAUGAUCCGUCAGUGCUGAUCGAGGGUGUUCUCUUUCGUGCGAGGUACCUCGGGUCAACGCAACUCGUCUGCGAAGGACAGCCCACCAAAUCCACCAGGAUGUGCCAGGCAGAGGAGGCUGUCUCCAGGAUAAAGGAUGAGCCAGUUCAAAUGCAGUCAACUCUAUUAAACUAUGGUCCAGGCCAGCAUGGCUAUGGACGCUGCAGUGUUGCAUCACAAGGAAGCAUUGAAGAUGAAGAUUGUGACUCGAGUGAGGAGCUCAUAGGAAGUGUCGCCGGUGGGGUACAGCCAGAACAACAACAUACGUUGGACAACCAAAAGGAGAGAAAUAAACUGGCUGUCCCAAUCGGCGGCCAACAGCUUGGUCCUACCACCGUUUUCAGGCUACAUUUUCUCGGUUCGGUCGAGGUGGAAGAGGAAGGGGGAAGAAAACGGCGUAAACGCCUUAAGAAGCACAUGGUCGAGGAGGCUGUCACUAAAAUCAAGGCAUUGGCACCAGACGGUGAGACCCAGCCCAGCACCGAGGUGGAUCUCUUCAUAUCAACUGAAAAAAUUAUGGUCCUGAACACCGAUCUCAAGGAAAUUAUGAUGGACCAUGCAUUGAGAACAAUAUCAUACAUAGCUGAUAUAGGUGAUCUCGUUGUUCUCAUGGCGCGCAGACGAUUUGUCCCCCAUGAAAUGGAAGAAGCACCCAAGAUAAAUCGAACACCAAAGAUGAUAUGCCAUGUAUUUGAGAGUGAAGAGGCACAGUUUAUUGCGCAGAGCAUUGGCCAGGCAUUUCAAGUAGCCUAUAUGGAGUUUCUCAAAGCCAACGGAAUAGAGGAUCACAGUUUUGUGAAGGAAAUGGACUACCAGGAGGUGCUCAACUCGCAGGAGAUAUUUGGCGAUGAGCUGCAGAUGUUCGCCAAGAAGGAGAUGCAGAAGGAAGUUGUGGUGCCCAAAGCCAAGGGAGAAAUACUGGGAGUUGUCAUUGUCGAGUCUGGCUGGGGUUCAAUGCUACCAACAGUUGUUAUCGCCAAUUUGGCACCUGCUGGAGCUGCUGCACGAUGCGGACAAUUGAACAUUGGUGAUCAGAUAAUAGCUAUUAAUGGUGUAUCACUGGUUGGCCUUCCACUGUCCACGUGUCAAACUUAUAUCAAAAACUCUAAGAAUCAGACAGUUGUUAAACUCACUGUUGUACCGUGUGCACCAGUGGUUGAGGUCAAAAUAAAGAGGCCCGACACCAAGUAUCAGCUUGGUUUUAGUGUACAGAAUGGUGUUAUAUGUAGUUUGUUGAGGGGAGGAAUUGCUGAGAGGGGUGGUGUACGAGUUGGUCAUAGGAUUAUCGAGAUCAACAAUCAGAGUGUCGUGGCGGUGCCCCAUGAGAAGAUUGUUAAUCUUUUGGCUACGUCAGUUGGCGAGAUCCUCAUGAAGACAAUGCCCACGUCAAUGUUCAGGUUACUGACAGGACAAGAAUCCCCAGUGUACAUAUAAAACAAAGAAAAGGAGGAAAAAUAGAAUAAAAACCAAAACAAACGUGUUAACGGAGUAAAUAGUCAGUAACCGGGCGAUUUAAACGUAGUGAACAGACAAUACAAUCCGCCAUCCACUACUAUAUCCACUCCUCUCCCCAAGGAAGAAAGGUUUGUUCCAAAUGAUAGAUAUUCGCGUGAUCCUAAGACCCUAAAACGUACGAAAUAAUACAAAAAGAGAUGACGAUGAAAUGACGUUAACUAAGUAUUUAAUCUGAAGCAUAAUUUAUAUAAUGAUUAUCAUAGAAAAAGUCUAUCUAUAAAUAUAUAAAUAUGAAAUAUAAAUAAAAUAUAAAUACAUUUUAUCAGGACGUAAAUGGGAUUUUCUAUGGCAGUUUUUUGGAAUAUCUGGAGAAUGAACAUUUUUUGUGUUGGAUCGAUAGGCUUGUGACGCUAGUUUUUAAAUGUAAAUUAGGGUUAAUGCUCAGUUUGGCUCAAUUCAUCAAUUAAGAAAGAAUGCUUUGCAAAGAUAUUUAUUAUUAAACUGCAAAGGAGAGUCCGAUUGAAAGAUUUGAAACACUAAAACUGCUGUAGGAAUUCACAUUGAUGGAUAAAAAAUCAAUACGCCAAGGAAGAUGAUAGAUAAAUUCAAUGCACACUAUUAUAAAUAGCACAAAAAAGCUCAUUUCAAGUUCUUGAGCAGGGCUAAAAGAUAAUAUAACAAAUGAAAUCUUGUAUAUUACGUAUUUAAUGACAAAUUAUGUAGUCCAAGUAUUUCUAAACAAAAUGACUCUAUUCCCAGUCCUCGAAAACUCGAUAAAAAAAACAAGAUGAAUCUAUACAUUCCUUUACCUUCUACAUAAGCUAAGAAAGUUUGCUUGAAGAUAAAAAGGAGAAAAUUGUGGUGCCCAAGUCUGUUGAUUUUUACUGAAAAAACAGAUGAAUUCGUAUUAAAAGACAUAUUGUGUAUCUAAUAUGUAAUUUUGAAUUUGUAUGCCUCAUGACAAAUAACGUGAUAUUUAGAGGAGCAUGCCAUAAAUGAUGAUAAACCACAAGAAUAUUAAGACGAAGACGUACAUCUCUAUCCUACGAAUGUGUUCUUUCCUUCUCUUCAUUUUAUUGCCAUUGAGCUUCCAUUUCACUCGAAAGCUCGUAACAUUUAAUCAUCACGGAAUACUUAUCAACUGUAGGGAGAGUCAUAAAUUGGCAAAAUGCAUUUUUUUUUCUUUGCAUCUGAUUAGUACUCGACAGACUGAAAUAUCGAGCAGAGUCAUUCAAAUUGGAUUCGAUGGGAUAAUAGUAUUCCUCUGCGUCUGGUGGUGCUCAUUUCGAUAAAUAACGCUCAUGUAGAAUGAAAUCGAUCAUGGAAUUUGAAAAGGGAAUAUCAAAUCUUCAUUUCAACAAAUUAUUCUCAGCAAAUAUAGCAAGGAUUGUUGGUUGAGAGGAAUAAUGGGGGGAAUAAUGUAGCCAUUUUUAAUUCAUAUCCUCGAUGAGAAUUGGAAUAGAUCAGAUUAUGUAAUAUGGGAUCAAACAAGAUGUUAUGUAGGUGGGUGGCUAACAAGUUCAAAAAACUUAUCUAGUCAUUAAAGCGUAAGAGAAAAGUAUAUUAUAGUUUUCAGUUUAAAGUAAGAGAUGAGGGGAAAUGGAAAAAUGAGAAUACUCGACUGCUUUAGCCACCCCGACUGAACUUCUGAGAAUGAUUUAUGAGCUUUUGUUGUUAACAUUGAAUCCACGAUGCCAUGAGAGGGAGUAGAAAUGAUAAAUGAUGAUGCUUCGCUGUAUUAUUGAGUGCAUCGAGACCUGCUUGAACAAUUAAACCUUAGCCGAUCUAUGAUAUUCACUCUCCUCAAUGUCACGAUAUUAUGAUUUCAUCGCUUAAAUCAUCCUCUCGAAUCCCUAAAAUUGUGAGAGCCAAGUCACUAUCAUCCUAUUUUCGUCUUCAAUGUCAGAAAAAUUAAACAUGUAGAUAACGAGUACCUUCUCUUUUUCAAUUUGUUUCGGAAUAAUUCUUCUCUUUUUUGAAAUAAUGAUUAAGAUGAGAAAAUAAUAAUGAAGCGAAUAUAUAUGUCUAGAAGAAAGAGUAAAUCAUUUUUUUACGACAGCAUGUUGAUAUGGUGGCGGAUGAAUAUCGGAGUUCUGAGCCAAUGGUCUGCCCUGAUAUUCAUCACUCCAUCUUAGGAGAAGAAAAAUAAAUAAAUAAUUGUCGGCUGUUAAUAAUUGCUAGGGACAGAGAUUAAGACAUGGGGGAUGUAAUAUGGAAGAAAUAACUGACAAGAAACUGAACUUGUAUUGUAUUUGAACUAAUUAUAUGUAAAAUGUGUUUAGAGGCAACAUGUUUUGUUGAAAUUUUUCUUUUUCCAAAAAGCUAAUGGGAAUUGCGAGUAAAGGAUGUCUGGCGGUGACUCGAGGAGUGACUUGAAAUAAAUUGAACGUUAUAAAUAAUUGAAAGGGACAAAAGACGAUAUAAAUUAAGAAAUUAAUCCUAUUAUGAUGCUAGAGCUUGCGCGCUGUAGCUUGGGAGUCGUGAAGAGGCACGCUGAAAAAAAAGUGAAAUAUAAUUGACAAAAAAAAUAUAUUUAAAAAAAUCAUCACGACUAUCUUUAUCAAUGUUUGUGAGUGGUAUAUAAUGUAAGUUAAAUUAUCAGUGAGCUAUUGAAUGUGUAUAUGGUAAUAACUAUUAUACUAGUCCACACAAAGAUAACAAUAAACUGUAAUUUUGAAUUCAAAAAAUCCCACUUUUUUC